ACGCCAGUAUUGAAUACUCUGAAAAGUGACGGCGGGAGAGACUGAUCGCUGAGAGCGAACGCGAAGCUACAUUUCCUCUACGAAUAUACGCGCGACAUAUUCUCUACGUUAGUGCAAAGGAAGUUAUUUCGUUGGACUUUUGUGCAAAAGAAUUUAAUUCUGAUUUGAUUGCAACGAGAUGCCGGAGGACGUCACCAUGGUGCAAACUGACGAGGUUGAAACCUUCGCCUUCCAGGCAGAAAUUGCUCAAUUGAUGAGCUUGAUCAUCAAUACCUUUUAUUCUAACAAAGAAAUCUUCAUCCGAGAAUUAGUUUCAAACUCAUCUGAUGCAUUGGACAAAAUCCGCUAUGAAUCUCUCACAGAGCCAUCCAAGUUGGAUUCAUGCAAGGAGCUGUUCAUUAAAAUCAUUCCCAAUAAAAAUGACCGUACCUUGACUAUCCUCGAUUCUGGUAUUGGUAUGACCAAGGCUGAUCUUGUGAACAAUUUGGGUACCAUUGCCAAGUCUGGCACAAAAGCAUUCAUGGAAGCUCUUCAGGCUGGUGCAGACAUUUCCAUGAUCGGUCAAUUUGGUGUGGGUUUCUACUCUGCCUACCUGGUUGCAGAUAAGGUCACUGUUGUCUCUAAGCACAAUGAUGAUGAACAAUAUCUGUGGGAGUCUUCUGCUGGUGGUUCCUUCACAGUUCGUCCUGACCAUGGAGAACCAAUUGGAAGAGGAACAAAGAUUGUCUUGUACAUCAAGGAUGAUCAAACUGAAUACUUGCAAGAGUCUAAGAUCAAGGAGAUUGUCAAGAAACACUCUCAAUUCAUUGGCUACCCAAUUAAACUCAUUGUUGAAAAGGAAAGGGACAAAGAAUUGAGUGAAGAUGAAGAGGAAGAACCAUCAAAGGAAGAAGAAGCAGAAGAUAAACCCAAGAUUGAAGAUGUUGGAGAAGAAGAUGAAGAUAAACCAAAAGAUGAAAAGAAGAAAAAGAAGAAGACUAUUAAGGAAAAGUACUCUGAAGAAGAAGAGUUAAACAAAACAAAACCAAUUUGGACAAGAAAUCCAAAUGACAUUACUCAAGAAGAGUAUGGUGAAUUUUACAAAAGCUUAACCAAUGAUUGGGAAGAUCAUUUGGCUGUCAAACACUUCUCAGUGGAAGGUCAACUGGAAUUCCGUGCGUUACUUUUCAUUCCUCGACGUGCACCUUUCGAUCUCUUUGAAAAUAAGAAGAAGAAGAAUAAUAUCAAAUUGUAUGUACGUAGGGUCUUCAUUAUGGAUAACUGUGAAGAGCUUAUCCCAGACUACCUUAACUUCAUCAAGGGUGUUGUAGAUAGUGAAGAUCUUCCAUUGAACAUUUCCCGUGAAAUGUUACAACAGAAUAAGAUCCUUAAAGUCAUCAGGAAGAACCUUGUCAAGAAAUGUCUGGAACUCUUUGAAGAGUUGGCAGAAGAUAAAGAAAAUUAUAAGAAAUGCUAUGAACAAUUUAGUAAGAACAUUAAAUUGGGUAUCCAUGAAGACAGUCAAAAUAGAAAGAAACUCUCAGAUUUACUUAGGUACUACACAUCUGUAUCUGGAGAUGAAGUGUGUUCAUUGAAGGAUUAUGUUGGAAGAAUGAAGGAAAAUCAGAAACACAUCUACUACAUCACUGGUGAAAGCAGAGAGCAAGUAGCCAAUAGUUCGUUCGUAGAAAGGGUUAAGAAGCGUGGUUUCGAAGUAGUAUACAUGACAGAACCUAUUGAUGAAUAUGUUGUACAACAACUGAAAGAACAUGAUGGCAAACAGUUGGUAUCUGUAACAAAGGAAGGUUUGGAACUCCCUGAAGAUGAGGAAGAAAAGAAGAAGCGCGAAGAGGACAAAGCCAAAUUCGAGAAUCUCUGCAAAGUCAUGAAAGACAUUUUGGACAAGAAAGUAGAAAAGGUUGUAGUAUCCAACAGGUUAGUCAACUCUCCUUGCUGUAUUGUCACAUCACAAUAUGGAUGGACCGCAAACAUGGAGAGGAUCAUGAAAGCGCAAGCCCUCCGAGACUCGUCUACUGUGGGAUACAUGGCUGCCAAGAAACAUUUAGAAAUCAACCCAGAUCAUCCAAUUAUGGAGAAUUUGAGGCAAAAGGUGGAAGCAGAUAAACAUGAUAAGUCUGUGAAAGAUUUGGUCAUGCUUCUCUUUGAAACAGCAUUGUUAUCUUCCGGUUUUGCUCUUGAAGACCCGCAAGUACAUGCAUCUAGAAUAUACAGAAUGAUCAAGCUUGGUCUUGGUUUUGAUGAUGAUGAGACGCCAAAUGUAGAAGAUGAAAAGAUGGACACAGAAGUUCCUACACUAGAAGAAGUUGACUCGGAAGUAGCAUCCAGGAUGGAGGAAGUAGAUUAAGGCUUCUAUCGUUUAAAACUAUUUAACUAAAUCCAAAGACUUUUAGAAUGUAGAAAGACUGUUACAGAUUACUUCUACUUAAGUAUUGAACUUCUUUUUCGUUUUGUCUUUCUAUGUGACAGAGUGGAGUGUCAUGCUUACUUUAGUUCUGCGUAGUAUUAGCUAAUAUCGCCGUAUUUAUUUGAUAAAUAUGAGACAAUGCAUAAAAAUUGUUCCGUGUAUUUCACGAAUAUUGCUCUUUAAAUUGAGCCUGCCACUUGAUUCUGUCUCUAAAUUUUUUUUUAUAAUGUCAUUUUCAUGC